AUGACGUAUGUUUCUAAAGAUGCUGGGUCGCGACUUAACGAGUCGGGACGAUCGUUCCAAUGGGUAUAUCCGCGAGUUAUCAAAGUGAGGAUUGCUCUUGCACUCUACCAAGACCUACAGCUCUGGCUAUUUCGCCAGCGAGCUCUUCGCUACUUAUGGGAUUGGUCGACCCUUUACUCAUCGGACAGUGUCUUCAGAAUACGAAACCCUAGCGGCUGGCACUCGCGAGCUCUCGGUGAGAAAUCGACGCUUUCUAACUGGUUUCUCCUCGUGAGACCAACGCUGAAAUUAGCCACGUUGUGA